GCCAACGAACACACACUGCAAUUAGCGAGUCUCGCAUUCUCAACACAAAAAAGUCACAAUGGCGUCCGGCUACGAUCGCGCUCUCUCAGUCUUCAGUCCCGACGGUCACGUCUUCCAGGUCGAAUAUGCGCUCGAGGCUGUUAAGCGAGGAACCUGCGCAGUGGGCGUGAAGGGCGCGGACAUUGUCGUCCUAGGUUGUGAGAAGCGCUCUGCUAUGAAGCUCCAGGAUACCCGAAUUACGCCCUCGAAGAUCUGCCUCGUCGACACCCACGUCGCUCUUGCCUUUGCCGGUCUGAACGCCGACGCCCGCAUUCUCGUCGACAAGGCCCGCCUUGAAGCCCAGUCACAUCGCCUCACCGUCGAGGACCCCGUAUCGAUAGAGUACAUCACCAAGUACGUCGCCGGUGUGCAGCAGAGGUACACACAGAGUGGUGGUGUCAGGCCGUUCGGUAUCAGCACAUUGAUCGUUGGAUUUGACCCCAACGACAAGACCCCGCGGCUGUACCAGACCGAGCCUUCCGGCAUCUACUCGGCAUGGAAAGCAAACGCCAUUGGCCGGUCAAGCAAGACGGUCCGCGAAUUCCUCGAGCGCAACCACAAGGACGGCAUGGACCGUGAAGAGACGAUCAAGCUGACGGUCAAGUCACUACUGGAGGUGGUACAGACUGGCGCCAAGAACAUUGAGAUUGCCAUCACGGCACCCGGAAAGCCGCUCGAAAUGCUGCCCGUCGAGGACAUUGAGAAGUACGUGGAGAACAUCAACACAGAGAAGCAAGAAGAGGCGGCCAGCAGGAGACCAGGAAGGACGCCCGGCACCGGCCAGGCAGCGAUUCUGACCCGACCGGCUGGUGGUGAGGGUUCAGGCGCAUAGACGAGCAGUUAUGAUUGAUGGCACCCACGAACAGCACGGCGUCUAGAUGGCAGACUUGAUGGCAGACUUGAUGACUGUAGGCUAUAGACACGGCCGGCUAGUGCUCAUACUAUGGCAUAUCUAG